UAUAUGAAAUUACUAUCUUUUUUCCAUAACUAGAACUUAUGAAGACGUUUUGGAUAUAUUGUUUAUUUAUAAAUAAGUAGCUUCAAAUCAUGAAUAAAGAAUUCGUAAAGAGAACUUUUUGCAAUUGACAAAUUAAAAAUUUUGCGAUAUGGAAUAUAAUCGUGAACCAUGUCCUUGGAGGAUAAUGGAUGACUGUGGAGGUGCUUUCACCAUGGGUACCAUUUGUGGAACACUUUUUCAAAGUGUCAUCGGCUUCCGGAAUGCCCCGUCUGGAAUCCAAAGGAGGUUGUUCGGUGGACUAACGGCGGUAAAGAAUCGAGUCCCUCUGUUGGCCGGAAAUUUCGCUGUUUGGGGUGGUUUGUUUUCCGCGAUCGAGUGCAGUUUGAUACGUUAUCGGUCCAAAGAAGACCCGUGGAACUCGAUAUUAAGCGGCGCUUUAACGGGAGGAGUUCUGGCCGCUAGAACAGGGAUUCCCUCGAUGAUAGGAAGUGCCACUGUCGGCGGAGUGUUUUUAGCUCUGAUCGAAGGAUUCGGCAUAAUGACAACUCGACUUCACGCAGAUUCCUUUGCCCAACACAAUCAAAUGUACGAAAUGGAGAAUCUACCAGAAUUCCAUGGACUUCCGCCUAAAGCCAGAAUUGGCUUCAGCGGUGCACCUCUAAACACGGAAGUGCCCACACAAAUGAACGGUAAUGGUAUGGAGGUUGAUAGAAUUAGCAAAGGUAGAUGAGUAUUUUCUUCUUUCUAAGGGUAUUUUUACUUUCUUUUUUAUUUCGCUAUAACAACGUGUGUGUCCUACAUGUCUUGUGAAAGAAAUACUGUUUAUAAAUUUUCGACAUCUUUUUGCAUUUCGGAAGGUGCACUUUUGUGGUGUAAAUUAGGAUUAGGUCUCGAGUCUUAGUAAGUGUGCAGGGGAGAAAAGUCUAAAUUGAAACAAUUGAAAAUUAGCAUAAGUUGCAGUUCUUUUGAAUUUCAAAACUUGGAUUGCUAUGAGGUGUGAUGAACAAUUUUUGUCUGUAUAGUUUGAUAUUACUCUUUCCCUUUUUAUACGAGGUACCGAUCCUGCUUUUGUCCUUUUAAUAAAUUGAUGUCUAAGUAUUA